AUGGAGCUCUCAAUCUCUUAUUCUUCAUUUCGAGGACCAACUAUUAUCCCUCAACGUUUUAAGGCCUCAGCUCACGACAAUAGAUUGAUACCAAUUAAGACGACAACCAACCAAUUGAGCCUACCGCCAGUGCAGCAGCUUUAUGGUGAAAGCAGAUUCUCAAAAUCAUUUUUCUGUGGCCAACAUAAGCGUAAUCCUAUCCGGGCAUGCGAUCAAGUUGAACCUGCUGGUUCAGAUUCAGAUUCAGUACUUGCCAAAGCUCAAUUUGAAUCCGGCAGUUCUGAUCCGGUACUUGCUAAAGUUACGCGUUUUGGAUCUGUCUACUAUAAAUUCCUGAGGCCUUAUGCGACGCAUGAAGCAAUUAUAUCAGCUAUUUGUCUAUUUGCAAGAGUAUUCGUUGAAAAUCCUCAGUUGUUUAGAUGGCCUCUGCUGUUUAAGGCAUUUCCUGGCCUAAUUGCUAUAAUACUUACGCACGCUUAUUUUAUUGGCAUCAACCAGAUUUAUGAUGUUGAUAUUGACAGGGUGAACAAACCUUAUUUACCGAUACCAGCAGGAGAUGUUUCCUUGAAACAAGCAUGGUUCUUGAUGAUAUUUAAUUUACUUGUGGGCUUGUUGAUUUUUCGGUUGAUGGAUGCUGAUCUCAUCACUACUUCUAUCUACUGUCUUGGAAUUUUCUUCAGCACAUUCUAUUCUGCUCCUCCCUUUAGAUUCAAGAAAUAUUCUAUUACAGCAUCAAUUGUGCUUCCUUUGACUUGCAGUGUCCUUCACAAUGUCGGUGUAGUUUACGCCACCAGAGCAUCCCUUGGACUUCCAUUUAUGUGGAGCCCCCCGGUUGUUUUCAUCACUACCUUUGCGACAUUGUUUUUUGUGGUCCUUAGCAUCAUAAAAGAUCUCACGGACGUGGAAGGUGACAUGAAGUAUAACAUACGGACAUUUGCAGCAAUAUUCGGUCCUAAAAAUAUUACAUUCCUUGGCACGGGGAUAUUACUUGUAAACUAUACUGGUGCUAUAGCAGCUACAGUUUUCAUGCCUAAGGCCUUCAAGAGUUACAUAAUGUUGCCCGCUCAUGCAAUCUUUGCCUUGUGGUUGCUUUUUCAGGCCAGGAAGUUGGACAAAGCAAACUAUACAAAGGAAGCAAGCGCAAAUUUCUUUCAAUUCCUUUGGAAGCUUCUCAAUUUAGAGUUUAUCUUGUUUCUUUUUAUAUAGCAAAUCAGUGCAAAUUAAUCCGAUUUCAUAGUCUAAGAGGGAGGGGCAAAGAAAGUAGUCAGCAAUAUUGUUGAGAUAUUGUUUUUCCCCUAAAAUAAAGCCCCUCAAAAAUAUAUUAUAGUUACAAAUUAGAGAGAUGAUAUAAUAAGAAGCUAUUAUAAUUAAUAAAAAAAGAAAAAAAAAAGAGUUAAGGAACCAUUGAUUCUAUUAAAGAAUAAGAAGACAUCUUCCCACAGUAUUUUCUAUUGACAAUAAAAUGGAUAAAGAAAAGAUCAAAGGAUCCUAUUGGAGAGGAAGAGAUUAUUGGGAGGAUCUCAUGUUUUAAUAUGGAAAUGAUGUCAAGGUUAAGAUUGAAUUGAGAAAGACGAAGAUAAAACAGAUGAGUGGGUGUUAAUAUUGUUGUUAGUAAGAGAAGAGAACAUUUUCUAUUAACAAAUAGUUUGGUGACAUGACCAAAAUGCAAUUUCUUCUUCUUUCAUCGGUGUGCCUAUGAUGAAAACUUCAACAAGUGCAAAUUGUGGACUCUUGGA